AUGCUGAAUGGCAAAGUUCUUGCUCAGGAAGCACCUCAUUUGAACCUGGGAGGUUUCUCUCUCAGGAGAAGAGAGCCUGCACCCACAGAAGUUUCAGCUCCACAAAAAGUUGAACGAGGAUCCGACCUUCUGGGUGGAAUGUUAGGUGAACUGGUUCCACAGCUGGCAGGGUCUUCUUUGAGCCCAUCCCCGUCACCAACUCCUGCACCUUCUGGAACUCAGGCACCCGCCUCGCCUCAGGAUUCUGGAGCUAAUGCCAAAAGAGGUCCUAACAUACUAGCUGAACUUGAAGGGCUAGUUCCAAUAUUGGCCCAGUCCUCUACUCCAGCAUCAGUGCCUGCAACUCCAACUCCUACACCAAGUUCAUCCGGAGCUCCCGAGGCAUCUGCCUCCACCGACCCGUUUGCAAACCCAAAUUUCCCAUUCAGGCCUUCAAUGGAAAAGCGAUUGAGGCCUACUCCGAGACAGGAGUCUCCCGAGGAAGGUGAUUCCUAG